AUGCAGGAUUGCCAGCUGCAGCUGGAUGUGAAAUUGCAGGAGGUGAAUAAGCACAUCUCUGCCAAGGAGAAAAGGCCCAAGGAACUGAGGGAGUUGGUGAAGAGCUGCCACCAGCGCAUCUGUGAGUUCAAGGAGUUGUGCUGCCUACUGGAGGAGGAGAAGGAGAUGCAGCUGCAGCGUCUGAAAGCAGAGGAGGCAGAGAUCCUGGAGAAGCUGAAGGACCACAUGGCCCUGCUCUCAGAGAAGCUCCUCUCCCUCAGCAAACUCAUCACUGACAUGGGGGAGAAGUGUCUGGAAUUGGGUCCAGAAAUGCUGAAGGAUGUGCAGAGCAUCAUGCAGCGGUAUGAAAUAUCUAAGAUCCUAGAGCUGCCUUCAAUUUCUCUUGAGCUAAAGAAGACAAUGGCAUUUUUCCCACGGCAGUUCUUCACACUUACUAAAUUGCUGAGGAAAUACAGUGGGGACAUGACCCUGGAUCCUGAGACGGCUCAUCCCAACCUUGUACUCUCAAAGAACCUCAAGAGUGUGCACUUCAUCAAUGUCUCCCAGGUGCUUCCCGACACCCCACGGCGCUUCAUCAUCUACCCCUGUGUGCUGGGCUCAGCUGCCUACAUCUCAGGCCGGCACUACUGGGAGGUGGAUGUGGGCAACAAGACCCAGUGGGCCCUGGGUGUCUGUUAUGAGUCAGUCAGCCGCAAGGCCAAGAUCGACGCCAAGCCAGACACUGGCUACUGGCGAGUGCGGCUGUGGAAUGGGAAGUAUGCGGCCACCACUACUCCCUUCACACUGCUGCGCCUGCGCGUCAAACCCAAGCGGGUCGGGGUGUUCCUGGACUAUGAGGCAGGGAAGGUCUCCUUCUAUAAUGUGACAGACCAUUCCCACAUCUACACCUUCAGCGUUGAGUUUGCUGAGCCUGUCUGUCCUCUCUUCUACCCAGGGAUCCGCUUCGGGCAUGUUAACGCUGCCCCCCUUGUAAUCUGCCAGCCCUUGGACUGGGACUAA